AGGAAGGCGGCCGACGUCUUGCAUCUCGCUGACUGAGAUCACACAACAGGAACAGGGCGACUUCUCUUUCACAUCAUGACCCAGUUCGGAGCACCAAGGAACCCUGUAAACUGGGUCUCCCACAUCACAUCAGCUGUGGUAUCCCAGCCAGCGAGAGAUCCAGCUGUUGUCGAGCGAGCAAAUUUGCUGAAUAUGGCCAAGCUCAGUAUAAAAGGACUCAUUGAAUCAGCUCUGAGCUACGGCCGUACCCUGGAUUCUGAUUACCCUCCUCUUCAGCAGUUCUUUGUGGUGAUGGAACAUUGUCUCAAGCAUGGACUGAAAGUGAGAAAAUCCUUCCUUAGCUUUAACAGAACAAUAUGGGGUCCUUUGGAGAUGGUGGAGAAAAUAUGUCCAGAAGCAGAAGAAGUCGCAGCCAGCGUGAGGGAUUUGCCAGGACUCAGAACCCCCCUUGGUCGAGCUCGAGCCUGGCUGCGGUUAUCAAUGAUGCAAAAGAAACUAGCGGACUACCUGCGUUGCCUGAUCAUGCGCAGAGAUAUUUUAAGUGAGUUUUAUGAAAAUCAUGCAGUAAUGAUGGAAGAAGAAGGAACUGUUAUAGUUGGGCUUCUGGUUGGCUUGAAUGUGAUUGAUGCCAAUCUCUGUGUGAAAGGGGAAGACCUGGACUCGCAAGUUGGAGUGAUUGAUUUCUCCAUAUAUCUCAAAUCAGAAGAAGACGAUCAUGACAGAGAGGGAAAGAAUGUGCACAUUUCUGCAAUACUGGACCAGAAAAACUAUGUUGAAGAACUUAACAGACAGCUGAAUGGCACAGUGAGCAGUCUUCACACAAGAAUUGACACAAUGGAGAAGUCAAAUGCAAAACUUAUUGAAGAGUUAGCCAUAGCUCAGAAUAAUAUCAUCAAAAUUCAGGAAGAAAAUCAUCAGUUAAGGAAUGAAAAUGCUCUGAUUUUCAUGAGAGCGCAACAACUUGAGGCGGCCAAAGCUGAAAUUGAAGCUGAGCACAUCUACAGACAACAUUCAAGACAUGGAAUGAGCGACAUCUUUACUGAGAUAUGCACUCAUCAUGACGAAUCACAGCUGGAACAGGAAUCUGACACGGAUCUUGUGCCAGCUAGGAUGCAACGUGAAAUUGAAUUUGCAGUGAAUUUCUUGGAGAAAGAUAUUCAGGACAAACAAGAAACGCUCAUCGGCCUCAAAGAACAACUAAAAGAAGUGAAAGCAAAUAAUUAUGAGAUGUAUGAGAAAAAGCAGAAUUAUGAAGAGAAUGCCAAAGAACGGGAUGUGAAAGAGAGACAAGACGGGAAGUCCGGUCAGAUUGCAGCUGCCAUGAAACCACAAGAACCAAGUGAUAAAGAGGUUUUAACCAAGCCGAGACACAUUGACAUAUCCUACAUGAAGCACUCGGGAGUAGAAUCUGCUCCACAAUAUAAGCUCAUUAAAGACAUAUCAUUCUAGCACUGCAUACAUAUAGUGACAUCAGUAGGGAAGGAGUAAAAACAUACAUUUUGCUGAUCUAUUUAGUAGAAUUUGUUUUACCUGCAGUAUAUAUACAUUUGUAAUACACUAAAAUACACAGAUGUUACUUACAGCACUUUGUACACACCGAGAAAUGAUGUAUUAAUGG